GCUAGGCGAAAGCUACUGGAAGUUGAAGUAUGCUGUAAAACUAGUAGUAGUAUUAGGGCUGAGAAGUGAUGUGUUGUUAAGCAACGAGGAAUGUAACCGAAAGUCGAGACGUUUAGUGUUUGUAUUCUAUAAGUGUACUUUACACAUUCUAAGAUUUUAAUGGAGUUAGGAAGAAAUGUCGGAAUGUAGCUAAACAAGCGUAGUUAUAACUUAUAGUUAUAGUAUUCAUUUCUUUAAAAUAGGCUUAUUUUUAUAAUGAUAUUCAUCCCUAGACAAGCCUAAGCCCUCCAAGUGAAACUGACAGUGGCAGUUCGCGACAUAUACAUAAUACAGUAACUUCAAUGAAUAAGGUGGGAACAGAUUGACGUUAGUUGCUCCCCUGUAUUGGAACGGUGUGUUGGUAGUAUAGUUGGCUCGUAAGCCGAAAAGUGUAAUAUUACAGUACUAGCCCAUCGUUACUAGUUGUGGAGAUAUUAAUUUAUGGUACUUUGGUAGAACCUUAAGUUAAUUGCUUUCAAACUGAAAAUGCAGGAUAAGAUGAACAAACCUAGUUCCAGACCAGAGUGGAGGCUUUUUUUUAUGUUACUGUAUUCAGGAAUGAUCAUAUCAAGCAGAGCAGUUACACCUUCCACCAGGUUGAAAGAAGUUGGUAGGCCAACUGUAGAGAAUUCAGAUAAAAGAGCUCCUCAACUGACAGAAAGUGCUAGUUGUGGGUCUCUCUGUGCAGGUCUGGAAGCACUGGGCCCUCCCCCAGAUGUCAUCAUUGUUAUGCCACCUCCUCCUCUUCCCAGCUUUGUGCAGUCCUCACUGCAACUGAACCACACUGAGAAACUAGAGUGUAACUUCUGCCAUGUGUUUGAUGGUAGCAGUGAUGGAUCUAUUCCAUUCCCAUUCCCAACCAUGAAAUCAACUGAAACUUGGAUUUCCAUAACAGUUGUCAUUGUAGCAGGUUCAGCUGUAUUGAUUGCUGCUAUUUUGGGGUUUCUUCUGAAAUUCAAGAAAUGGAAAAUAUUUCCAGUGGCAGGAGAUUCCUGUCCAAUUUUACCUGAAAGUUUCCUCAAUAGCAAAGGUGGUUCACAAACAUCCUUCCCGAAGAAUCUUCAGUCUCCUAAUUGUCCAAAGAAAAAUGACAAAACAGGAAAGAAUCAAGGUACCAGUUCCUGUCAUUGGUUCCAUGUCCCUGGUCAUUGCAUCCCCCAGCAGGUUUGUGACUACCAGACAUCAAGAAAGUUUAGCACGUACAUUGCUGGGAGUGUUUCAAGCAGCACAGAGAGCCCAGAGUGUGCUGAUGUUAACCAACAGUCUGAUGGUACAACCAGCAAAGUUCACAUGUAUGCAUGUAUUCCUGAUCUAGAAGUAACCAGAAGGUUAGCAGCUGGAGCAGAGCAGCUUGGAAACAAAGCAUAUGACAAUGCUGGAUUCCUUACUAGUUCAUCUGAAGAAAAUAACCCCUUUAAGCAGAAGGGCUGGAACCAAAAGGUAUCUGGAUGCAUUCUUCCUCGACCAAGUCAUUUGACAAGUGCACAGGCAGCCAAGGUUUUAUCUGAUCUUCCAAGCAAUGUUGCACGGAAUUCAUCACCUUCUACACAGUUUCCAUCUCUCUCCAAUGUAAGAGCACUUCGCUUAAGGUCAGAAAUGCCAAGGAGUGCCCAAGUUCUACACCGGCCACUCCCUCCUUUGCCUGUUGAGGAGAUAUAAUUCCUGAGGAGUAUUGUAUAUAUUAGUGGUUCAAAGUUUGUUUGUUUAUUGUUGAGAUUGUUUUUUCCUGGUAUCUUCCUAUGAAUUUUAUCUGUUCUUUCUUUGUUUAUACUCUUUAGCAUUUGUGUGUAAUUUAUUUUUGAUCAUACCAGUAUAUUAAUAUUUUGAAAUUUUCACUUUUGCGGAAAGAAAUUUUUUUUCUUUUUUUAUGAUCAUCAUAUGUCAUAAAAACUGUGCAAAAACUAUAGAUAAGUUACUUAAGUCAUAAGCAAAAUAACUUUUAGGAAUCUUAAGUAUGCUGGGAAACUAUAUUUCAAAAUUAGUUGUUUGACAGACUAGCCAAAUGUGUUUCUGUAAAUGUUUCUUUCAUAUGUUGUAGUUCUGAGAAGCACUGAAGUUAAGUGUGGAAAAAAUUUAAAUCUUGUACAUCAAAACUGUGCUCUUAACUGAUUUAGUAAUUUUAUUUCACAUAUCCCAUAAUUUUCUGUCACAUAAAGCGAGUAAUUAUUUAACCUCAAGAUUUAACCUAAUAUAGCAAAAUCCUACAGAUUACAUAAAGUGAAAUAUAUAUAAUUAAAUAAGAGCACUUUUUGAAGCUUUGGUUUUAAUAAAACCUCUACAGAUUAGUUUUGUGUUUAGCCACCAGAGGAAAAAUUGAAGCAUUAUCAGUGAAAGAAGCACUGUAUAAGAAAAAGUAUGGUGGGUAUUAAUGUACCUGUUGUAUUCAAGGAUUUAGGUUUGUAAUGACAAAAUAUGUUCUUUAUUUGACUUCUGAAAAAAAUUGUUUUGCUGAUACUAGCUAAAGUUAACAGUUUAAAAAAAUUGCAUAUUAUUAGUGUAGAAAAGGUUUACAUGUGUUUGAAUAUCAGACAGUGGAAGGGAAGUUAAACACACAGUUUAGUUGAGCUUCAUGUUUUACCACUAACUUUAUUAAUCUAUGUACAUUGCAUGUAUUUUAAUAAACCUCUAGUAGUAAGGCUUUGUUGUUAUAACCUUUUAUAAACUUUGAACGUGUGUAAUGUAUAAAACCAAUAUACAGUAGUUUCUAUGCCAUUGUCCUUGUAAGUUACCUCACACUGUAGUAAUACAACUGUUCUCAUAGCUUAUGCUACAUGGAAAUAUAUAUCUAUGUGGAUAGUAUUGGCCAUUCUUUUUUUUUUGCUAUAUGCAUAGAACAGAAAAAUACCUCUAAUCUGUGUGGUGCCAUAUGAUCCAGUUUUAUGUAAAAUUUGAAGGUGGAUAUCUUAUACACCUUUAUAAUUGUGUUCUUCCAGAAUCUAAUCUGUGGUGCCAUAAUCCAGUUUUAAAUUAAACUUGAAGGUGGAUAUCUUAUACACUUUUACAGUAUUUGUGUUCUUCCAAAAUCUUUGCUCUGUGGUGCCAUAUGAUCCAGUGUUAAGUACAAUUUGAAGGUGGAUAUCUGAUGCACCUUUACAAUAUUUGUGUUCUUCCAGCAUCUUUGCUGAGGUGCCAUAUGAUCCAGUGUCAAGUAAAAUUUGAAGGUGGAUAUCUGAUGCACCUUUACAACCUUUUUGUUCUUCCAGAUUCUACCUACCUCAGUUGCUUCUUAGAAUCAGCAUCUAAUGCUAGUAUAGCAUUUACUAAAUACCUGAAAAUAUGUUUCUGAAUGUGCCAACAAAUUAAUUUGGAUAUCUUUUUGGAGAAGUUGUUUUAAGCUUUGUGCAUGACUUGGAAGGAAUGGACAUCAUGAAUGAGACUUUUAUCCAUCUGUAUAUAUAUUUAUGUGUUAGUAUCUUCACCAGCACAUGAAUUUCAGUGAAGAAAAGACAAAUCAGCAAAUGUAAUGCUUACACCACAACCAUCUGACAUCUUCACAGGCUAUUUGUUAAAUACUGUGCAGUAUUGGUACCUCAUCUAAUACUUUGUGUUUUGUUUUAGAAUGUCUUACAAUGUCAACUAAAAGCCAGAAAAGAAGGGUAGUAGAAAAAGUAAAGAAAUAACUAUUUACUUAUUUUGUCUCUUUGUGUGUGUUUUAAUAAAAUGUUAUUAGUUCUAGCUGGUUAUUAAUAUACCAAAUUCUUUUUUAGAGAAAAACUUUAAAAUGUUUUUUAAAUUGGAAUGUGUAAUCCAAUCAUUGAAGGUUUUUAAAUAGAGUUGACAGUACCCAAUAAACAGUUACUAGUAGUUUUUAAUGUUUCUUAAAUGUAGUUUAUAGGCAUUUGGAAGAAAUUGAGCUUUUCAGUAUUCAGAUGUGAAAUAUAUUUAAGAGUUCAAGUGGUAUCAAAGUAUUCUAAUGUUUCAGCCCUUGCUCCCCCCCCCCCCCUCCUCAACACAGUGAUUUUAAUAUGGCUGGGUUUGUUGUGAAUCUUCUGACGUUAGGCUACCCGUGUUUUGCUUCAUUUGAGGAACUCUGCAAGUUUGUAAGGUUAACAAAUUGCUGGUGCGAUCAUAGGCUCUGAUUUGACGGUGGAAACAACAUAUACCUGUCGAUAGUAAUUGUUCAAUGAUUAAAGUUACUAACAACCUCCUUAAACCCUCGAAUAAAGAAUGCAACUGGGAUCAAAUUUGAAACCUUUUUAGUUUCUAUAGCACAUCCGGUUGCAUGUGAAACCCUUUUGUAGGCCUAAGAGUACGAUGCCUACCCUGUACGUAUAUUUUCAUUUUAAUCAGUAAGAUAUGUAUAUAAUUAUUUUCCCCGAGUGAUGAAUAUUACGUGUUGUACAAUUAUCUGAGUGUUCCUAUACGGUUAUUACGAGGUACGUUUAAGUAUUAUACAUUGCACGAAUUUGCCAAGUGGUUUCUCUUAGCGCAGCAAAAAUAUUAGUUUUUGAAGUAACAUACGUUUUAUCCGUUCCGAAAUUCCUCGGAAUGUUUACCUCAUAACUGUGACGAAUGUAAUGCCACUCGUUAUAGAACUGGAACGUUUACUAAACACCGAGCAACAUGUGUUUCGACUACUUUCAAGGUUCUGUUCCUGUUUGUCAGUCGUUUCUAUAGUUAGAGCUCGUUUGUACCGCGUGCAUUGUGUUGUCUACGCCUGCUUUCGUUGUAAUAGGCUGAGCGCAUUUGUGGGAACGUGGGGCAAAAGUUGUGGCUAGUUGCACCCACUGCUAUUCUUCCAAAAAAGGGCCAGUUAAAAGUACCUCGCUGCAUUCAUGAAUCGCUCUACUGAUUAUGCAUUGAAGAAGAAAACGAUCGUGUUACAACCAUGAAGUUCUAAGACUAGAAUAGGUAUAGUGUCGCAUUCGGUGCAGCCCCUGUGUGCGUUUCAGGUAUGUAGCAUGUGGCUACUUAUCUCUGUUCCCGGUAGCAGAUGUAGUGAUUUUGUUUUAUUGAACUAACUUGUUGGUCUCAGUGCUACUCGAUGUAUGGUCGGUAUAUAUUGUACGGAUUUCGAACUUAUCUCUACUAGUUCUUUGUUGUAUAUUCUCUUUGUAAAAUUAAACGUGUACGUGUUGUGUUUAAUAUUUGUAAUAUAGUCCAUAAACUUAUUAUGUGUAUAAUAAAACAACUGAAAUACA